AAAAAAAACUUACUGGGAAAAAAACGUUGGAUUGUCAUCGGGAGUGAUCGCGCUUCUAUGCUUUCAGACUGCAGCAUUACUAAACAGAAAGCGGGAAUUCCUUUAUUGAGCGGGUAAACAAACAUAAAACCGGUUUUGGGGUGUUUGCCGAGUUUCAUAGUUUGGAGGACUAUUUUUUUUUUCCCUGGAUUCAACAAGGAAACCGGAUCUCCGCGCCGCUCAGGUGACUCAAACCAGAGCCUCCAGCCCCUGAACAACCUAGAAAGGAGAGAAGAAAAGAGGACAACUUGGGUGGAGAACAAAAUCAGACUGGGAAAUAAGUGGAAAAAACAACUUGAAACUUUGGAAAUAAAACAAAACAAAACUGGCAGACCAGAUUUAAUAUCAACUGGAAAGAAAACGCAACAACUGAUUACUCAGACAAGCACACAGAGGCAAAGAAAGACUCCGAUCAGCACGUAACUGCAAUUAGGCAAAUCGAGGCCUUCUCAAUAUCGACACAGAGAACGUGUACAGUGACUGACUCACAAACUGACAUUGACGUGUAUAAAGUAAUCAUAAUUCUAAUACUGUAGAUGCAGUCUGGACUCCUGGAUAUAUUGUUUACAUCUGCUCUUCCGAAAUAGAUGUGUGCAGCUGGUAGCCACAAACUGACAAGCAAUAGGUUUCAGCUGUUUUGAUAAAGGCAGCCAGAUAGAUUGCUAGGCAGACCGACAGAAAUAGUUCAUUUAUAAACAUAUACAUGAAAAAUAACACAUUUAAAAUAACUAGAUACUCUUAGAGAUUAUUUCAAACGUAUUGAAAUUUAGUUAUACAACAAACAAAAAAAUUACGAUUUAUACAAGCAGACAGAAACACUGUACCUUUGUAGUUGAAUAUCAGAACAGUUGAAGCUAGUGGGGGAAAAAAAGGCAAAUUAAUAGGAUUGGUUAAGAAGGAAAGAGAGACGUCAUUGAAAAACAAUCUUUGAUCCCGUGACGCACACAGGCGGUUUGAAGAUUGUCUCUGAGGUGGGCUCUGCCCGUUACAGCUUCCCCCUCAAGGCGAAACACAGAUGCUCUGCGUGGACAGAGUUUGAAUCUGGGCAGCCUAGUGCAAGUCCAGACGGAUUCAUUGGCUCCCAGCCCGCUUGUGGUCUGAAAUACCGACGCGAACUGAGACCGAAGAAGCGAGAGACAGAGAGACGCAGACGAGACCAGACUAGACACAGAAAGAGCAGAGAUGCCGAUUCUCAAGCCUUCCCGUAGCCACAGCGACGGAGUGGGCGGGGCUUCUUCCUACCGACGCCCCCGAUUGGACCCCACCAUGAUCUCUGCCCCCUUGGGAGACUUCAGACACACCAUGCAUGUGGGGAGGGGUGGAGACGCCUUCGGGGACACCUCCUUCCUGUCCAAUCACGGGCCGGCACCCAAGUCCACACCCCCUGUGUCGGACCCCGCCCACCAGCCAGGCAAAGCUGCCAUGACAACAACGACCAACAACAACAACGACAGAGAUAACAAUGAGAACAGUUACGGUUCCACCACACCCAGCAUGGCCGCUGGAAGCUACCCAGCCUCUAUGGAGGCUGGGAGGGCUGUUGACUCGCCCAGUAUGGCUGCCAGCGGAUACAGCAAUGGUCCCUCCCACCCUCCUCUCAAACACUCAGAAUCCAUCUCCUCCUUUAGCCUCGACUUGGAUCUGGGGCCCUCCAUGUUAGGGGAAGUUUUAGGGGUGAUGGAAAGAGAGGACCAAGUCGACACAUGGGCGGGGCUUAUCAGCAAAGAGGCGGGGCUAGAACCAGGCGGUAAAACGAAAUGGGAAGGAUCUGGGGGAAAGAGAGAGGAAGGAAAUGGGGAAGGGGAGAGGUCAAGAGCAGCGAUCGGGUCAGUCCGAGAAACUGAUUCGGCGAACGGAAUUCCCAGCUCCCAAGACGACACCCCUUGUGAAAGCCAAGACCACACCCCCAGGAACGGAAGCCGCGCCUCUUCGGUGAGCUCAGAGUAUGAAGGGGUGAGUGAGGGAGAGAUGGAGAGAGAGAGGCAGCGCAAGCCUGGAGAGGGUGGAAUGCUGAGAGCUAGUUUGCUAAAGAAGCCCCCUCUGGAUCUAUCAGAUUCGGAGGAGGAGGAGGAGGAGGAAGAGGAUGGGCGGGGCUAUGUGUUCGAAGAUGAUUUUGACGAUGAGAUCGGCCUAUAAGAGAGCUGCUUUUGUUUUUGUUGUUUUUUUAGUGGGCGGGUUUAAAGAAAAUACAAAAUCUGAAACUGUGGACUCUCAGAGUUGUCACCCCUAUAUUUUUUUCUGUGCUUUCUAACUAUUUCUCAACGGCAUUUCUGGACUAAUAAUUAAGGUUGCA